AGGACGCCCCGUUCCAGGGCUGACUCUGCACCUGGAGGAGGGGAACACCUGUAGCCAAGACUUCAGGGACUCGCUCACCGCUCCCUCCUCCCUCCCCUCCUUCCUCUCCAUCACCCCAUCCGCCAGCGCUCAUCACCAUCGCGGGGGGGAAGAGGCUGCACUCGGGGCCGGGAGCAGAUGAGGGGUCACCCCCCCCCCGACUGUCCAGGAGCCCCCCGAGCCCCCGGGGAGCAGCGGGGGGAGGACGGGGGCUCUGGCCACCGCCUCUGCCCACAGCCCAGCACCUCUUCCCCGAGCUCCACCUCACCAUCAUGCUUUUUUCCUCUUGUUUCUUCUCUUGCAGGUUUCACAUGGGGAACCUUCUAAAAGUGUUGACUUAUAACGAACUUGACCAAGGCCCUAAUUUUUUCCUUGACUUUGAAAAUGCGCAGCCGACGGAGGCCGAGACGGCGGUGUGGAACCAGGUGAACGCAGUGCUGGAGGAGGCACAGACCAUCCUGGCCGAGCUGCAGUCGUACACGGGCGCAGGGCAGGAGAUCCGAGAGGCCAUCCAAAACCCCGGGGACCUGCGGCUGCAGGAGCGGGCCUGGAGCGCCGUCUGCCCUCUCGUUGCUAAGCUGAAACGCUUCUAUGAGUUCUCCUUGCGGUUGGAGAACGCCCUGCGGAGCCUGCUGGAGGCCCUCACCAGCCCCCCGUACGCCCCGACCCAGCACCUCGAGCGGGAGCAAGCCCUGGCCAAGCAGUUUGCCGAGAUCCUCCACUUCACCCUCAGCUUCGACGAGCUCAAGAUGACCAACCCCGCCAUCCAGAACGACUUCAGCUACUACAGACGGACCAUCAGCCGGAAUCGCAUCAACAACCUGCAGCUGGACGCGGAGAGCGAGGUGAACAACGAGAUGGCCAACAGGAUGUCCCUCUUCUACGCCGAGGCCACCCCCAUGCUCAAAACACUCAGCAAUGCCACCACCAAGUUCGUUUCAGAGAACAAGACCCUCCCGAUCGAGGACACGACUGACUGCCUGAGCACCAUGGCCUGUGUCUGCAGGGUGAUGCUGGAGACCCCGGAGUACCGGAGCCGCUUCACCAACACCGAGACCCUCCUGUUCUGCAUGCGGGUGAUGGUCGGCGUCAUCAUCCUCUAUGACCACGUCCACCCCGUGGGGGCCUUCGCCAAGACCUCCAAGAUCGAUAUGAAAGGCUGCAUCAAAGUCUUGAAAGACCAACCCUCAACCAGCACCGAGGGGCUGCUGAAUGCUCUGAGGUACACCACUCGGCACCUCAACGAUGACACCACGUCCAAACAGAUCCGGGCCCUGCUGCAGUGAGCGCGGGGCGGCCGCCGCAGCCGCAACGUCACCGAGUCACCGACGCCCAUGACCAUACUGCUCAUCUUGUACAGAGGGAAAAGGGACAAUGAGGAACACACAGGAAUACUAACAGAACAUCAAAACGGUCCGAGGCCACCCCCCAAGGCGCUCCUGCCCCGCUUCCCACCCCCCCCCCCAAAUCAGCACCCGCUCCUGGACACGUGGUGCGGGUGGCACUGCGGGGACACCGCGCUGGGGGUGCCGGGGCCGGGCAGGAUGGACCCGGGCAGGGAUGUGCCAACGGGGCCGGUGGCAGCGAGUGCCUAUGGCAUGGGGACACCUUGGGGAGGGGGCAGGUGUCGCCCCUGUCCCCAUCCUGGUCCCCAAAUAUUUGGCGGGGAAGAGGAGGAGGAGGAAGAGGAGAAGGAGGAGGAAUAAACAUCCCUGCGGAUCUGCACUGACUUUAGAGGGAACGGCUCAGUCUCACCUGGUAGAUUUUUAAUAUGAGCAAUUAAAUCCACACUCACCUCUUCUUUUCUACAUUUUUUUUUGUUUUUGGGGUGUGAAAUAAAAUGACAUUUAAUCUGUUCGAGGCCAGA